AUGGACGAUGGUGAAAUAGUUUUAAUUAAUUCAGGAAAAUGUCCAUUUAUUUCCGGAGAAGAGUUUUCAGCUGUGGGUGAUUCAUUAUCAUCUGCAGAAAAUACAGCUGAAAACAGAUUGCUUUGGGGACCCGAAAUCGAUCAAUUUCAACUAAAAAAUUACCAGACAGGCGAAUCAAUCUCAGUAACCGGUCCACUACCGAAUAUUUAUAAAGAUUGCCGUCAUCAUGUCUGUACAUCAACAUUAAUGUCACUUGCUCCACAUGCAAAUCAAAAUAAAUCAAAUAGUAGCAACGUUAUAGAUGAAUUAGAAUCGCACUCAGCCGAUUACAUCCGAAAAGAAGCAUAUGAUUACCUUCAAAUUUUUCAUAAAGACAAAAAUACUUCGGAAGCAGAUUAUAAAAAACGAUUAGAACAAGUUGAACUCGAGAUUGAACAUACACGUAGCUAUGUACAUACAACUGAUGAAAUCGAAUAUGGUUGUCAAUUAGCUUGGCGUAAUGCAGCACGCUGUAUUAAUCGGUUAUUUUGGCGUGAUCUCACAAUUAUCGAUCGUCGAGAUGUGAAAACCAACCGUGACAUGUUUAAACAAAUAUGUGAUCACAUCCGUGUUGGAUAUAAUAACGGUACACUACAAGCAUCGGUUCUUGUAUUCAGUCCUCGAGCACGAAUAUGGUCAACACAGUAUCUACGUUAUGCUUGUUAUGAACAAGCAGAUGGUACACUACUCGGUGAUCCAGCGAAUCUACAUUUAACUAAAGCAGCACUGCAACUUGGGUGGAAUAUACCAAAAACAGAAAGAACACAGUGGGAUUUACUACCCAUUAUCGUUCAAGUUGAUCCAAAUGAACCUCCAAGUUGGUAUGAACUCCCGCAAGAUCUACGUCUUGAAGUAGUCUUGUCACAUGCUGAUCCGAAAUAUGAUGCAGCAAUUAAAAAGCUAGGUCUACGAUGGGUUGUUCAACCUUACGUUUGUGAUCAAGCUUUUGAAAUUGGUGGCAUUUUUUAUCGAUGUGUUCCAUUUAGUGGUUGGUUUAUGGAAACUGAAAUUGGAAGAAAUCUUUGUGAUAUCCAACGUUACAAUGUUAUUCCAAAGUUAGCUGCUUUCUUGAAUCUUGAUGUUACUACUGCGGCCAAUAGUCAGUUGAACGUCGAUCGAUUAUAUUUAGAAGUUAAUGCAGCUGCUCUUUAUUCAUUUCAAAAAGCCAAAAUAACUAUUGUGGAUCACCAUACAGCUGCUGCUGGAUUUAUAAAAUUUAUGAAACAAGAAGCAAUUCUACGAGGAAAUACUCCAGCUGAUUGGGUAUGGCUCGUACCACCGAUUAGUAGCGGUAUGAGCAGUUUGUUUCAUCAAGAAAUGUUAAAUUAUGUUCUCAAACCACGAUUGUUAAGUCAACGGGAUCCUUGGACAUACUAUGUUCCGUUUCUUGAACAUAAACAAAAUCUGACAUUAUGUACAGAAAAUAUACGGUCUGCCUUGUCAACUACGGAGCUAAGAGUUUCUAUCCAUGUUCUCUAUGCAUCAGCUAGCGGAACAGCACAAUCAUAUGCUGAACAAAUGGUCAAACGAUUAAAAAUUACAGGUUACAAUGCAAUAAUAAUGGAAUUAGAUUCAUAUUCAUUUGAACAAACUAACAAAAACACUCCAGCAAUUAUCUUCAUUAUAACAUCAACAUUUGGUAAAGGAAAUGCACCAGAAGGUGGGAAAAAAGUAGAACAAUGGCUGCAAAAUGUGACUGAUAUUGGUAUUAAUAACAGCACCAGUAAUAUGAAACAUAUCAGUCUUCACAAUAAUCCUUUCCAAUCAAGUGAAAUAAAUAAAUUUCCGUUGCAUUGGUGUUCUUAUGCUGUCUGCGCCAUUGGUUCAUCAGCAUAUCCUUUUUUUUGUGGAUUUGGAAAACUAGUUGAUACUUCGUUCCAAUUACUUGGUGCACAUCGACUAGCUCCAUUUGCUACAUGUGAUGCACUCAAUCAACAAUACAAAAGUUACAAUGAAUGGGAAGAAAACACUGUUAUAGCCUUAAAAACAGCAUAUCCAUAUGCUUCUUCACGUGAGAAAGAUAUCCGACUUUCUGCACUAGAUCGUCCUCCUUCUACGAGCAGACAAGGUUCCUAUGUCGAGCAGCAAGUCAAUCUGAUUAAACCUUUUCGACCAACGCCUUCUACUUUAAUAUUUAAUACAAACAAUUCUGAAACAAUUCCGUCUGAGCCAGUUGGACUUUUCACGAAAGAAAAUCCAUAUCUCGCUACUGUCUUACAAAAUAUCGAACUAACUGGUUCUGACAAUAGUAUUAAUGAUUCUGGUCGACAAGAUCAUCGGGCAUUAUCAUUAUCAGAAAAUAUACAACCAAAAAAGAAAGUGACAAUUCCUUCAAGUUUUACUAAUGCCAGUAGCGAUCAAUAUCGAUCCGUUCGUUUAAUCGUAUUAGAUACAACUGAUUUGGAUUAUUAUCCGGGUGAUCAUGUUUGUAUUCUACCAGAAAAUACAUUAUCCAAUGUUAAUGGUGUUAUUACAGCAUGUGGAUGGCAACUAGGAAAUAAACUUUUAAUUGCUCCUUGUUCAUUAUCAAGUUAUACCAAUGGAAAGUAUCAAACAUUACGUCAAAUCUUAACAAAUUUCGUUGAUUUGACUACGCCAUUACGACCACAUACGUUGAAUAUAAUUGCUACAUAUGCUAAAAAUACAAAUGAACAACGACAGUUAAUGGAAUUAGGUAAAGGUGGACAAAGAUAUACUGAUUGGAUUGUCAAUUCACCAACUGUUAAAGAAACAUUAGAAAUGUUUCGAUCGAUCCAAAUACCUCUUGAAGAGCUCAUUCAACUCCUGCCUCCACUUCAACCACGAUAUUAUUCUAUAUCGUCGUCAAGUAAUUGUUAUCCAAAUCAAUUGCACAUAACUGUCAGUGUCGUAACAUACACGACAUCACAUGGAGUUCUUCGGAAAGGUAUUUGUUCGAACUAUUUGCAGCAAACACUACCGAAAUUAUCACCAGAUGGAAAACCAAUUCACUCAACAUUUCCACGAAAACCAAGUCGAGUUCGAUUGUUUAUAUCACCGAAUCCUCAUUUUCGCUUGCCAGGUCAAGAUAGUUUGUCGAUCAGUAUGACUAGAGAUAUGCUAUGUGGUGGUGAUGCAUUUCUUCCACUUAAUAGCCCGCUUUUAAUGUUUGCUGUUGGCUCUGGUAUUGCACCAUUUCGAGCUUUCUGGCAAGAACUAGAAUUCUUAGAACAAUCGCAAGGAAGUGUACAAGUUGAACGUAUCUUAUUUAUGGGUUGUCGUUCAUCAAGUGAUUUUCUUUAUGCUAAAGAACUUCAGUCACUUACAAGUCAACGCGGAGAAAGUAACAAACUUCUCACAGCUAUUAUUCCAGUAUUUUCGAGAGAAAAUGCUGUUGUCAAACGAUAUAUUCAAGAUGUUAUGUUGGAAUAUGAAGAUAUGAUUUAUUCAAUAUUAAGUGACGACACUGCAUUUGUAUAUAUGUGUGGAUCAACUCGCUCAUGCCAAGGAAUCGAAUCAACGCUAGCAUCUAUUUUACAAUCAUGUGGCGAAGACAAUUUAACAUUUAUUCAAGCAACUAAUCUUGUCAAACAAUACAAACAGUUUGGUCGAAUCAAGCAAGUUAUGUUCGGCUAG